GGCACGUGACAGGUAGACAGGUAAGUAAUUCUUAUGACAGCAGACAUGCGUCGUUUUCACAUUACCAAACGCGCUUCACACUAGCGGAGGGAGGGACCCGACAAACAGACCCUGACCCGCGGAUUAUACACCCACAACCAGGAAGACCCACACAACAGUUCCAAGGAGAGUUUCCAGCCGAGUCCAGCAAUGACGUUCACUUCCGGUAUCUGCUCCCUGCUGGUGCUGCUAGGGAUGCUGGGAAGGGAUGCUGCCUUCCCCCAGGGAGCCAAUGAGAUGUCCUGCAAGGGACUAGUUCCAGGGCACGGAAUAGAGGUGAAACACGAAAAACCCUACAACCUUAUCGUCAGCAAGCUGACUGUGCACCCAGGAGACAUGAUCAAAGUAACCAUCGAGGGAUCAAAGGACUUCAGAGGUUUCUUAGUGAAGACGGUCGAAACUCGGAAUGGUAACACCAUCGGUGUCAGCAUCCCCGGCAUCCACAUGGCCGACAGGUGUGCCAAAUCCGGUGUAACACAUAUGGACGGUCGCAUAGCAAAGAAGAGGAAAACAUUCGACUGGGUCGCACCUUUAAACGCCAAUCCCGGGACGAUUAUCCAAUUCAGGUCAGUCAUCGUGGAGGACAAAACCCGCUACUACUACGUGAACUCCGCCAACGUGGUCAUAGUGUCCCGACCGACCACACAAGCUCCAACCACACCCAAACCACGCCAACCUGUCGGUGGAUUCACGUUUGGCAUCUCGAACGGACGUCAGGCCCCAAACCCUUCUCCGUCACGUGAAACGAAAACUCAGCAGGGAUCUGUACCAAGGGAGAUAAUUGGAACUGAACCCCUAACUGCUGAACAAACGCAAAAGGAGAUCACUCGGGUGGGCCAGAUAACCCGUGAAGCGAUUCAGUGGUCGUGGCGGCGGUUCCUUCAUCUCAUUUUCCCUAACGUUAGAUGGGCAACACCACGUUCCUAAACUCUCCAACUUCAAUUUCCUGUCUUUCAUUUUCAAUGUUAGGUUGUAAUCGUAAUAUCAUCUUGGAGGAGACUGUCCACAGUGAAAUGCAUUGCCUGAUGACUUUGACUUCGAUUCAGAUCAACCUUUUUUACAGAAAAAGUUAAGAUUUUACUGCCGCAUCUUGAGUACAUGAACGUGUCUGUUGAGGAUUGUUUAGUUAAUAUUCAGGUGGGGGAGGAGUUUGAAGGGUUGGGUGGUGGGGAGAUUGUGAUUCACAUUUUUUUUCUCUGAAACGAGGAUCCAAAGGUAUGUUAUUUUUUUGUAAUUAUUUUUUUUCAGGAUAUCGGGCAUGUUCAACAAACAGUUUGUCGUAGUUUCUAUAAACUCGAGGCAAAUCUAUUUUGUCUAUUCUUGUAGGAAACAAAUUAUUUCCAGACCCCACCUGAAUAUCAUAGCUCUGCUUCUUCAGUAUUUGCAGUUAACCUGCAGUGUUCCCCGCCUUUAUUCUCUUGCAUGUCAAACGUAUCUCAUUCUUGCAACCAAAAUAAACAACUUGGUCUUUU